AUGGCGGCUAUUAAUCGUGUGGUUAUUAGAAGCGGCAGCCGACACGUGGCGCAAAGGAACCCCAGCUCACAGCCCUUACGGCGCCCACUUAGGGACCCUGGGCAGGUGCAGUCGCCCAGACCCCGAGGUACACAGCAGCUGCUGGGUGCUGCCCGGCGACCCACGCAGAGAAGGUCGCCGCCCACACGCGUGGAUGCAGACAGAGCCUCAUGCGCUUUGAAUCUGGCACUAGAAAAGAACAUGAAGAAGCUCUCAGAUGAUCUCGGGGAAACACCCCGGAACGCAGGAUGCAUGGGCAAGUUCCAGGGAAGACGAAAUGAAAGCUGUGAAGGCAAAAGCAGAGGCUCAGAGCCCGCUUACAGCGCAGCUUUGGACCCUGAGCUGCCGGCUGCGCCAGCCUCUCUGGAGAGCCGAAGGGCUGUUUGCCGACACCGAUUAGGCAUCUCCCGGUCCCCGGAACAUGCUGGUGGUCACGUUAUGACCACAGCUCCGGGUCCUUUCCAUCCACUGGCCUCCGUGCGGGGAGUGCAGAGCCUGACCAGCUCCACAUGCCUGCCCGGCGCCGGCUCCCGGCUGCCAGGACCACGCCUGCCACCCGGGGGGAGCAGCUGGCACGUCUCUGACCACGGAUGGCCCAGAGUUCCGCCCCUACAGCGGAGCAGUGCUCACGGGCCGGCCCCGUGCCCCGAGGCUGCCGGCGACGCCUCAGUGGCACUGAUGGACCCCAACGGCAAGAGACCCUCACCCCAGGACGGGGGCUCUCUGAUCACCGUGUUCACGGGGCCUGAGGACCAGCUGCACCACCGGGAAAGCACAGGUGUCAAAUGGAAGCACCGCCUCUGGUCGGGGCUCCCGCCCAGCGUGGAGGUGAAGGAGGAGCCCCCCUCUCAUCCCGCAGAGUCAGUUCUGCACCUGUCAGUCCGGCAAGUGAGCCGGGGCCAGGGGAACUCGGCCCCCAGCUAA